GGCGUCCGAGUCAGGUGGAGCCGCAGCCGCGCCCGCGCCCGCGCCCUCGGCCAUGGUGGCUCCCGGCUCGGUGACCAGCCGGCUGGGCUCGGUGUUCCCCUUCCUGCUGGUGCUCGUGGACCUGCAGUACGAGGGUGCUGAAUGUGGGAUAAAUGCAGAUGUUGAGAAACAUCUUGAAUUGGGCAAGAAAUUACUCGCAGCUGGACAACUGGCUGAUGCUUUAUCUCAAUUUCACGCUGCAGUAGAUGGCGACCCUGACAAUUACAUUGCUUACUAUCGGAGAGCUACUGUCUUUUUAGCAAUGGGCAAAUCAAAAGCAGCACUCCCUGAUUUAACCAAAGUGAUUGAACUGAAGAUGGACUUCACUGCAGCAAGAUUACAGAGAGGCCACUUACUACUUAAACAAGGAAGACUGGAUGAAGCAGAAGAUGAUUUUCAAAAAGUGCUCAAAUCUAAUCCAAGUGACAACGAAGCAAAGGAAGCCCGGUCCCAACUUCUCAAAUUGCAGGAGAUGCAGCAAUUGCGUUCACAAGCACUCGAAGCUUUUGAAGACUCCGAUUAUAUGGCUGCUAUAACUUACCUUGAUAAAAUUUUAGAGGUUUGUGUUUGGGAUGCAGAACUACGGGAACUUCGAGCUGAAUGUUUUAUAAAAGAAAAUGAGCCUCGGAAAGCAAUAAGUGACUUAAAAGCUGCAUCAAAAUUGAAGAAUGAUAACACGGAGGCUUUUUAUAAGAUCAGCACACUGUACUACCAGCUUGGGGACCAUGAACUAUCUCUCAGUGAAGUUCGUGAAUGUCUUAAGCUUGACCAAGAUCAUAAACGGUGUUUUGCACACUAUAAACAAGUAAAGAAACUUAAUAAAUUAAUCGAAUCAGCGGAAGAGCUCAUUAGAGAUGGCAGAUACACUGAUGCGACCAGCAAAUAUGAAUCUGUCAUGAAAACAGAGCCAAAUGUUUUCGAAUACACAAUUCGUUCAAAAGAAAGGAUCUGCCACUGCUUUUCAAAGGAGGAGAAGCCUGUGGAAGCUAUUCGAGUGUGUUCAGAAGUUUUGCAGAUAGAACCUAGCAAUGUGAAUGCGCUGAAAGAUCGAGCAGAGGCCUAUUUGGUAGAGGAGAUGUAUGACGAAGCUAUUCAGGACUAUGAAACCGCUCAGGAACACAAUGAAAAUGACAAGGAGAUUCGAGAAGGCCUAGAAAAAGCCCAAAGAUUAUUGAAACAGUCACAGAAACGAGAUUAUUAUAAAAUCUUGGGAGUCAAAAGAAAUGCCAAAAAGCAGGAAAUCAUUAAGGCUUACCGGAAAUUGGCUCUGCAGUGGCACCCUGAUAAUUUCCAGAAUGAAGAGGAGAAGAAGAAAGCAGAGAAAAAGUUCAUUGACAUAGCAGCUGCAAAAGAAGUGCUCUCAGACCCAGAAAUGAGGAAGAAGUUUGACGAUGGAGAAGACCCCCUGGAUGCGGAGAGCCAGCAGGGUGGCGGUGGCAACCCUUUCCACAGGAGCUGGAACUCUUGGCAAGGGUUCAAUCCCUUUGGCUCAGGCGGACCAUUUCGGUUUAAAUUCCACUUCAAUUAAACCAACUGUU